AUGGAAAUCAACUUUAUUGCGAUCUACGAUGGCAGCGCCAAUGCCAAUUUCCUGUUUGUUUCUGAAAGUAUCAAAGAUUGCUUGGGCUGGUCCCCUGAGGAGCUGCUCGGCCAACCAGGCUACAUAUUGACACAUCCAGAAGAACGAGAAGCGCUUGCUUCAAUACACUCCAACAAUGUCAAGGACGAACGCAUGUCAUCGGUAGUUUCGUAUCGCGCAAGACACAAGGAUGGACACUAUGUGCUGAUUGACAAUGUCGUUCAUUUCUGCUACAACCUCCUCAUCAGCACCAACUUUACAUUGCUGCCAGACGAUUCCAGCAAGCAUUUCAUGAGGGCAAGCUCGGCCGAUGAAAGCUACUGUAUACAGCCUGAUGGAGCUAUCAGAUUGACUGGAAACUGGAGUAGCACCCAAGACAACAUGAAGCAUCUCCUUAGCAGAACUUAUCCUUGGGACGUCAAUGCUAGUCUCACAAAUAUGCAGGAACCCCGAUUUUGCCUCUUUUUGAACCGAUAUUCCGUACAUGCUAACAUUGUGUUUGCCAGCAGCAUGUGUGAAGAGAUGGUUGGUAUGAGUCAAAUACACUGCAUUGGCGAUUCAAUAUAUCAAUACGUGGCUGAAAAGGAUGUGGAAAAUGUGAGACGUCAGAUUAAAAUCACCAAAUCAAAGGGACUGAUAUCAAAAUUACGAUUCAAGUGGUCAAGGAAGGAGACGGGCGAUAAUGGCGAUGAACAAGAAAUGCUGAUACCUAUUGAAGCAGUGAUCAGUUGUACGCAUGACGGUUUAGUGCUGGUUGCUAGAUUGAUGACAUCUCGAAAAACCAUUCAAACCGAUUGA